AUGUAUCUGUGCAUUUCUGCAUGUGUGCACGGUAUGUCUUUUGAACCCGCACGGGUGUACACGGUGUGUGGCUGCACGCCUGGCGUGUGUGCCCCUGCACUGGCUCUGUGCCAGGGGAGUCUCAGCCGUUGCUGCGAGACUGAAGGCUGGAGCCCAGCCCCGGCGAGAGAGGAACCUGCUGGCGCCGACCGCCCUUCUCUACCAACUGCAGAGGGCGGCUGCCGCUGCCUCCUCCCCCCGGUCUGUCACGUCUUCUGCAUUCAGCCCCCAGCAUCACCGCCGACGCCGCAGCAAGGACCACCUAAAACCAAACAAACCCUAACAAAUCCCCAACUCGCGGGGCAGGGACCAAUACUCCCAAGCACGCCAUGAAGGGCGAUGCAGGCGGGGGCUUCACUGUUAUAGAUAACCAAAGUUAACUUCAGGAUGCUCAAACGGAAACAAAGCUCACGUGUGGAAGCUCAGCCAGUUACAGACUUUGGCCCUGAUGAAUCUUUGUCAGACAAUGCAGAUAUCCUGUGGAUUAACAAACCAUGGGUUCACUCUUUGCUACGCAUCUGUGCCAUCAUCAGUGUCAUUUCUGUUUGUAUGAACACCCCAAAGACCUUUGAGCAUUAUCCUCCUCUUCAGUAUUUGACAUUUGCUCUAGAUACUUUAUUGAUGUUUCUCUACACUGCAGAGAUGAUAGCAAAAAUGCAUAUCCGUGGGAUAGUCAAGGGGGAUAGCUCCUAUGUAAAGGAUCGUUGGUGUGUGUUUGAUGGAUUCAUGGUUUUUUGUCUUUGGGUGUCAUUGGUGUUACAGGUGUUUGAAAUCGCUGAGAUAGUUGAUCAGAUGUCACCCUGGGGCAUGCUGCGGAUUCCAAGGCCUCUUAUUAUGAUUCGAGCAUUCCGGAUAUAUUUUCGCUUUGAGCUUCCAAGAACCAGGAUAACAAAUAUUUUAAAGCGUUCUGGAGAGCAGAUUUGGAGUGUUUCAAUUUUCCUUCUAUUCUUUCUGCUUCUGUACGGAAUUCUAGGAGUUCAGAUGUUUGGAACUUUUACCUAUCAUUGCGUAACAAAUGACACGCAGCCAGGAAAUGUAACCUGGAAUAAUUUAGCUAUCCCAGAUACCCACUGUUCCAGAGAGCUAGAAGAAGGUUACCAGUGUCCAGCAGGAUUUAAGUGCAUGGACCUUGAAGAUCUGGGACUAAGCAGGCAAGAGCUGGGCUACAGUGGCUUUAAUGAGAUAGGCACCAGCAUAUUUACUGUUUAUGAAGCUGCUUCUCAAGAAGGCUGGGUAUUCCUUAUGUAUAGAGCAAUUGACAGUUUUCCCCGAUGGCGUUCAUACUUCUAUUUCAUCACCUUAAUUUUCUUUCUUGCCUGGCUCGUUAAGAACGUGUUCAUCGCUGUCAUCAUUGAAACGUUUGCUGAAAUAAGAGUGCAAUUCCAGCAGAUGUGGGGGUCCAGAAGCAGUACCACCUCAACAGCUACUACCCAGAUGUUUCAUGAAGAUGCUGCUGGAGGCUGGCAGCUAGUGGCUGUUGAUAUGAAUAAACCCCAGGGUAGAGCUCCAGCAUGUCUACAGAAAAUGAUGAGGUCAUCAAUAUUUCAUAUGUUCAUACUGAGCAUGGUGGCAGUGGAUGUCAUUGUCGCUGCUAGUAAUUACUACAAAGGAGAGUCUUUCAAGAGACAGCAUGAUGAAUUUUACCUAGCUGAGGUUGCUUUUACAGUUCUCUUUGACUUAGAAGCUCUUCUGAAGAUCUGGUGCUUGGGCUUUACUGGAUACAUCAGCUCAUCUCUUCACAAAUUUGAACUGCUGCUUGUAAUUGGAACUACUCUUCAUAUUUAUCCAGAUCUCUACCAUUCCCAGUUUACAUAUUUUCAGGUGCUUAGGGUAGUUCGACUUAUAAAGAUUUCUCCUGCUUUGGAGGAUUUUGUGUAUAAGAUAUUUGGACCUGGAAAAAAACUUGGGAGCUUGGUUGUAUUCACUGCCAGCCUUUUAAUUGUAAUGUCAGCAAUUAGUUUACAGAUGUUCUGCUUUGUGGAAGAACUGGACAGAUUUACAACUUUUCCAAGGGCAUUCAUGUCAAUGUUCCAGAUCCUUACACAGGAAGGAUGGGUGGAUGUCAUGGAUCAGACUCUUAAUGCUGUAGGACAUAUGUGGGCACCUGUAGUUGCUAUUUACUUUAUACUUUAUCAUCUUUUUGCUACUCUGAUUCUGCUCAGCUUGUUUGUUGCUGUUAUUUUGGACAACUUGGAACUUGAUGAAGAUCUAAAGAAGCUUAAACAACUAAAGCAAAGUGAAGCCAAUGCUGAUACUAAGGAAAAGCUUCCACUGCGUCUACGUAUAUUUGAAAAAUUUCCUAACAGGCCACAAAUGGUGAAAAUCUCCAAGCUUCCUUCAGAUUUUACAGUUCCAAAAAUAAGGGAAAGUUUUAUGAAGCAGUUUAUUGAUCGUCAGCAGCAGGAUACAAGCUGCUUAUUGCGAAGACUCCCUUCGGCAUCUUCUUCCUCAUGUGACCACUCCAAAAGAUCUGCAAUUGAAGAAAACAAGUAUAUUGACCAAAAGCUCCGUAAAUCAGUUUUCAGCAUCAGGGCAAGAAAUCUUCUGGAAAAGGAGACAGCAAUCAAUAAAAUCCUUAGGGCCUGCACUAGACAACGCAUGCUGAGUGGAUCCUUUGAGGGGCAACCUGCAAAGGAAAGGUCAAUACUUAGUGUCCAGCAUCACAUACGGCAAGAGCGCAGGUCACUAAGACAUGGUUCCAACAGCCAGCGAAUCAGCAGGGGAAAAUCUCUUGAAACCUUGACUCAAGAUCAUUCUAAUACAGUGAGAUACAGAAAUGCACAGAGAGAAGACAGUGAGAUCAAGAUGAUCCAGGAAAAAAAAGAACAAGCUGAAAUGAAAAGGAAAGUCCAAGAGGAGGAGUUGCGAGAGAAUCAUCCAUAUUUCGAUAAGCCACUUUUCAUAGUUGGUCGAGAACACAGAUUCAGAAACUUUUGUCGGGUGGUUGUGCGAGCUCGCUUUAACGCUUCUAAAACAGAUCCUGUUACCGGUGCUGUGAAAAAUACCAAAUACCAUCAGCUAUAUGAUCUGCUGGGAUUGGUUACAUACCUGGACUGGGUUAUGAUCAUUGUUACUAUAUGCUCCUGCAUUUCUAUGAUGUUUGAAUCCCCCUUUAGAAGAGUUAUGCAUGCUCCAACACUCCAGAUUGCUGAAUAUGUUUUUGUAAUAUUCAUGAGCAUUGAACUUAAUCUGAAGAUUAUGGCAGAUGGCUUGUUUUUUACACCAACAGCUGUCAUAAGGGACUUUGGGGGAGUCAUGGAUAUAUUUAUAUAUCUUGUAAGUUUGAUAUUCCUUUGCUGGAUGCCUCAGAACGUUCCUGCUAAAUCUGGAGCUCAGCUCUUAAUGAUACUACGAUGUCUCCGACCCCUUCGCAUUUUCAAGCUGGUGCCACAAAUGAGGAAAGUUGUACGAGAGCUGUUUAGUGGCUUCAAGGAAAUCUUCUUGGUGUCCAUUCUUUUGCUGACAUUAAUGCUUGUUUUUGCAAGCUUUGGAGUUCAGCUUUUUGCUGGGAAACUGGCCAAGUGCAAUGAUCCAAACAUCAUCGCAAGGGAAGAUUGUCAUGGCAUCUUCAGAAUAAAUGUAAGUGUUUCAAAAAAUCUGAAUUUAAAGCUAAGACCUGGAGAGAAGAAGCCUGGAUUUUGGGUGCCACGAGUCUGGGCAAAUCCUCGCAAUUUUAAUUUUGACAAUGUGGGAAAUGCCAUGUUGGCACUAUUUGAAGUUCUUUCAUUAAAAGGCUGGGUGGAAGUCAGAGAUGUCAUUAUUCAUCGCGUGGGGCCGAUCCAUGGAAUCUAUAUUCAUGUCUUUGUGUUUCUGGGCUGCAUGAUUGGAUUGACCCUCUUUGUUGGAGUUGUCAUUGCUAAUUUCAAUGAAAAUAAGGGUACAGCUUUACUGACUGUAGAUCAGAGACGGUGGGAAGAUCUAAAGAGCAGACUGAAGAUAGCUCAACCUCUUCAUCUCCCACCUCGUCCGGAUAAUGAUGGCUUUAGAGCAAAAAUGUAUGAUAUAACGCAGCAUCCGUUUUUUAAGAGGACUAUUGCUGUGCUUGUUCUGGCCCAGUCUGUCUUGCUUUCAGUGAAGUGGGAUGUCGAAGAUCCAGUGACUGUUCCUUUAGCAACAAUGUCUGUUGUUUUCACCUUCAUUUUUGUCCUAGAGGUCACGAUGAAGAUUAUUGCCAUGUCACCUGCUGGCUUCUGGCAAAGCAGAAGAAAUCGAUAUGACCUUUUGGUGACCUCCCUUGGUGUUAUAUGGGUGAUACUACACUUUGCCUUACUUAAUGCGUACACAUAUAUGAUGGGUGCAUGUGUAAUUGUCUUCAGGUUCUUCUCCAUUUGUGGGAAACAUGUGACACUGAAAAUGCUGCUGCUGACUGUGGUUGUCAGCAUGUAUAAGAGUUUCUUCAUCAUUGUGGGAAUGUUCUUACUGCUUCUUUGUUAUGCUUUUGCUGGAGUAGUUUUAUUUGGCACAGUAAAAUAUGGAGAGAACAUUAACAGGCAUGCAAACUUUUCAUCAGCUGGCAAGGCUAUUACUGUACUCUUCAGAAUAGUUACUGGGGAAGACUGGAACAAGAUUAUGCAUGACUGCAUGGUCCAGCCUCCUUUUUGUACUCCAGAUAACAGCACAUACUGGAAGACAGAUUGUGGAAAUUAUGCUGGGGCUCUGAUGUAUUUCUGUUCCUUUUAUGUCAUCAUUGCAUACAUAAUGCUAAAUUUGCUUGUAGCGAUCAUUGUGGAGAAUUUCUCAUUGUUUUACUCCACUGAAGAAGACCAACUUUUAAGCUACAAUGAUCUUAGACAUUUUCAGAUUAUAUGGAACAUGGUUGAUGACAAAAGAGAGGGGGUAAUCCCUACCUUCCGUGUGAAGUUUCUGCUGAGGCUGCUGCGUGGGAGGUUGGAGGUAGAUCUGGACAAGGACAAACUUUUGUUCAAGCACAUGUGCUAUGAAAUGGAGAGGCUGCAUAAUGGUGGAGAUGUCACUUUCCAUGACGUAUUGAGCAUGCUGUCAUACAGGUCUGUUGAUAUCCGGAAAAGUCUUCAACUGGAAGAGCUUCUUGCCAGGGAACAACUGGAGUACACGAUAGAAGAAGAAGUGGCCAAACAAACCAUACGCAUGUGGCUGAAAAAAUGCUUAAAGCGUAUCAGAGCAAAACAGCAGCAGUCAUGUAGCAUUAUCCAUAGUCUACGAGAGAGUCAACAGCAGGAAUUGAGCCGAUUUCUGAAUCCACCCAGCAUUGAGACAACACAGCCAAGUGAAGAUAUGAAUGCUAAUAAUCAAGAUAACAAUGCACAGCCAGAGACAAGUAGCCAGCAGCAGCUCCUUAGUCCAACGCUUUCUGACAGGGGCGGGUAUCGGCAGGACUCUACAGAUGGUGGGAAGCCUCAACGGAAAUUCGGACAAUGGCGUUUGCCAUCAGCCCCCAAACCAAUAAGCCAUUCCGUGUCUUCAGUCAAUCUGCGGUUUGGUGGUCGUACAACUAUGAAAUCUGUUGUAUGCAAGAUGAAUCCUAUGUCAGAUGCUGCUUCUUGUGGAUCAGAAGUGAAGAAAUGGUGGACAAGACAACUAACUGUGGAGAGUGAUGAGAGUGGGGAGGACCUUCUUGACAUUUGACCAAGAAAAGAGGCUAACUUAAGUCAUAUCGCAACAACAGCCAUUUCAAAUAAAAACAAUUUUCUUGGGGUUUGAAUUGAAUGAGAUAUAAUUGAUAUAUGAUUUAUUUAAAAUGAAUGUCAUAGGAUUUUUCAACUGCUUAUCUUUUUGCAAUAUAAAACAUAAUACAGACCUGUAUGUUCGAUUUCAGCUCUAUUAUGAUUACUGUAUGUUAGGAAGACUCUAUAUUAUGGCAGUAUUGAUGAUGCCACUGAGUCUCUAUUGUCUUUAGCAUAGAUGGAGCAUUGAAAGAUUUCAUACAUUCUGUAGCUGUAACAAAAAUUUGUAUUCAGGUAUAUAUUUCUGCAUUUUUUCAUCCUGUACCAUACCUGAAAAUGGCCAGCUCAUUACUGUACAGCAUUUAUUUUCUUUUUAUUUUCUCUCAGUUCUAUUCUAGUAAUAUUUCUCUAGAAAGAUUUUAUUAUUCAUGAAUGACCUAAAAAAGGUCAGCACUGAGUUCAUGGUAAGGGACAGUAUUUUUACAAAGUACAGAUUCUGAAUUUCAAGUCUAGUCUUUUUCUUGUAAUUUUCUUAAAUAUGCAAAUACAAUAUAGCUGAUUUUAAAAUCAGAAAAUGAUGGAUUGGCUUUUAAAAAUUGGAUUUUUUCUUCUGGUUAAUUAUGUAAAGAGUUCAAUUUUCAUAAGAAAUCAGCCAAAAAAAAUGACAUGGUUUAAGAAUUUGCAAAAACAUUUACACAUGGUAUGUUUCAUUAAUGACCUGGAAAACAAAAACAAAUCCGACAUAAAGUGGAAACUUGGAUGGAUUGCUAAAGAGGAGUACAAAAGAAUUGCAAAACCAUAUAGGGACAAAAUCAGAAAGCCCAAAGCAUAAAAUGAGUUACACCUAGUAAGGGACAUAAGCAGCCAUAAGAAGAGGUUCUUUAAAUACAUUAGGAGCAUGAGAAAAACAUAGGAAAGUGUAGGUCCUCUACCUAGUGAGGAAGGAGAGCUGAUGAUAUCAAGAAGGCUGACAUGUUUAAUGCCUAUUACGCUUCAGUCUUCACUAAAAAGAUUAAUGGUGACUAGAUACUUAAUGCAAUUAAUAUUCUAACAAGGGGGGAAGGAACACAAAGCAAAAUAGGAAAAGUACAGGUUAAAAAUAUUUAGAUAAGUUAGAUAUAUUCAAGUUAGCAGGGCCAAAUGAAAUUAAUCGUAAGGUACUUAAGAAACUAGCUGAAGCAGUCUUGGGAACCAUUAUCAAUUAUCUUCGAGAACUCAUGGAGGCCCCAGAGGACUGAAGAAGACCAAAUAUAGUACCUGACUUUAAAAAGGGAAACAAAGAGGACAUGGGGAUUUAUAGACCUGUCAUCCUAAAGUCAAUAUCUGGAAAGAUACCAGAACAAUUUAUUAAACAAUCAAUUUGUAAGUGCCUCGAGGAUAAUAGGGUGAUAAGGAAUAGCCAGCAUGGAUUUGUCAAGAACAAAUUAUGCAAAACCAACCUAACUUACUUCUUUGAGCGGGUUACUGGCCGAAUGGAUAGAGGGGAAGCAGUAGAUGUGUUAUAUAAAAUAGCAAGUUGGGGUGCUCUUUACAACUCUGAGACUUUUAAAAUACAGUUCAGUUUUACCAAUCUAGAUAGGAGUGAACCAGGUUUUAACCAUGUUAUCACUCAUGCUCCAGUCUGACAAACCCAAGGCUGUAUCAUGAUUCCAUAACAUGGUUAAAAAGUGGUUUGGUCCCUUUUAGUCUUGGAAAUCAUGUUUUAACAUGUGAUGGUGGUUUGUUUCGUGUAGUACUAAGAAUGCUAACCACUUGAGAGAUAAGUAAAAGAUAAUCCAUCAGUUUCCCAAGUUUUCAGUAUAGAUUGAUGCUAUACAAAUACAGGGAUGGGAAAGAGAAGCGACCAAAAGCAGCAUGAAUUGCACAUAUCUUGUAGGUUCCACAAUAUACAGUUGUUAAAAUAUAUGGGCUGGGGAUUGUGUGCCCUUUCCUCAGAUACACACUGGCAGUUGUAGGCUUUGUAGCUGGGCCCCAAACACAAUUGUUUUUGUAGUAUAGUUGAGACCUUUUCCACUACCAUUGUUUCCUAUGGAAAUGAUAGGUUGCUCUAACAUGGCCUGAUGUGAGAUCUCGUGAGAGGCUCAUAGUUAAUGUAUGGCUCCACACGUAACAUUUUCU